GGCGAGGGGAUUCUCAAUAGGCUUCUGUUUUGUCCGCAAAUGUCGGGUGUUCGCAAAUGUCGGGCGUUCGCAAAUGUCGCUUGCCUUCUAGUAAACGCUGCUUUGUUCUGUUUUGUUCGCAAUUGUCGGAUGUUCGCAAAUGUCGCAGCGUUUUUUUCAAUUUUGUUGCUAGCUUCUAUUAAACGAUAACCCUCUGAACAUUUUUCAUUCUGGCAUUUUGUUUAGCCCCAAUGUCCUAUUUCCAAGUACAAUGGGCUUCGGGAUUGUCCGCAAAUGUCCGUCGCCCGCAAAUGUCCUUUGUUCGCAAAUGUCG